AUGACAGGAGACAAGCUAUUCGAUGCUCUUGAUGACGGUCAAGGUGGAGACGACACGUUCUCCCUUCGAAUCAAUCAAAAGUUUGCUCAGAAAUACGAAGCAAAGAAAAAGUAUGAGGAAUUGAGUCAAUUACGAGACAAGUAUGGAGAUGUGCCUAUCAACGACGAAGACGAGGAGACAGACUCGGAAGACGAUGAAGUCGAAGAUGAGGAAGGAGAGCUUGUGACCCCUCCCAUCGACGCUCAAAUCCUAAAGACUAUUGCCAUGAUCCAAGCAAAGGAUCCCAAAGUCUAUGAGCCGGAAAACAAGUUCUUUGAUGAAGAGAAACUUGAAGAAGCUCAAAAGCUUUGGCAGGAUAAACUUAAAUCGAAAGGAACAGAACGAAAGUCAAUGACAAUUCGAGACUACAACCGUCUCAGGCUCAAAGCUAUCGCCGAGGGCAAACAUUUCGAUGGCGAUGAGCCAGAAAAUGAUGAAGAUGUCGACAUGACGGACUUGACACAUGUCGAAGAACAGCAGAAAAUCAAGGAUGAGUUCAAAUCUGCAAUCAAGAAUGCAUCCGCUCAAGACGAUGACGACGGUGAUCUUUUCGUCAGACGUGAAAAGACGCUAGAGGAGGUAGCAGAUGAAGAAGAGCAGUAUAGGGCAUUUUUGAUGGAUACUUUACAUUCUGAGGGCCAUGAUGAUCUAUCACAAUGGAAGGAUCAUGAAAAGACAAUUUCAGAUCCUAAUGAGUCGUUUCUUAUGGAAUACGUUCUCAGUCGUGGUUGGGUUGAAAAAGACAAGAAAAAGAUUCCAACAUACGAUGAAAUCGUCGCUGAACAUCAUGACGAGUCAGAUGAAGAAGCUGUUGAAGCUGCAGAUGAGUUUGAGACCAAGUAUAACUUCAGAUUCGAGGAAGAGGGAGCCAACGAAGUAACCACAUAUUCCCGAAAAGUAGAAGGCUCAGUUCGUCGAACUAACGAUGCUCGAAAGCGCCAACGUGAAGCUAAAGCCCAACGAGAAGAAGAAGACAAGAUACGUAAAGCUGAAGAACUGAAGCGGCUCAAGAAUCUUAAAAAGCAAGAAAUCUGGGAUCGAUUGAAAAAGAUACAAGAGAUUGCUGGAUUGGAUGAUCCGAGUGGGAAUAGUAGUGGUGACAAUUUCUUAGUCGCUGGAUUGGAUGAUGUUGAUUUGGAAGCUGAUUUCGAUCCUGAAGAGCAUGAUCGAAAGAUGGAGGCAUUGUUUAGUGAUGCUUACUAUGAUGGCUCGAAGGUCGAUUCCAAGAAACCUAAAUUCGACGAUGACAUUGAUAUAAGCGAUAUCGUACCACCGGCAGAUACCUCAUCACGAAAAAAAUCCCGUAAAGGAGACAAGAAACGUAAGCGACGUGACUUGGAAGAAGACGAUGGAGAAGCAUAUGCUCCAAUCGCAAACGACGACGAUAAUAGUAUGCAAGUUGAUGAUAUGGCAGGAGAUGGUGGAUAUGAAGAUGAAGCGACAUAUCAGGAUACUGAAGUCGCUGUACCGGAAGGUGCGACUAGUACCAGUAUAUCAGGAAAAGCCAAGAAACCAAAGGUGAAGUUUGAUGAGUACUUGGAUGAGUACUACCAAUUGGAUUAUGAAGACAUGAUUGGUGAUCUACCAACCCGGUUCAAAUACCGCCAAGUAUCUCCAGAAUCAUACGGUCUCACAUCCGCCGACAUCCUCCUCGCCGACGACAAAGACCUAAACAGUCUCUACUCUUUAAAGAAGAUUGCUCCCUUCCGUAAACAAGAAGCAGUAGAACGAGAUAAAUUAAAGUAUCGCAAGAAUCGACGAAAGAGGAUACGAGAGUUUAGGGAUAGUGUUGUUGCUAAACUCAAAGAGGGAGGCCUUGAAGAGGCUGUUGAGCUGUUGAAGAGGCCAGAGUCUUCUACUAAUGAUAGUGAUCUAGAAGAAACAGUAGUGCCAGCAGUAGUAGAACAGAAUGGCGAAAAGCCUAAAAAGAAGAAGAAGAGUAAAAAAGUAGACGCAAUGAGUCAAGAUAUAGUAGUACAACCUGAAACUGCAGUAGUGAAAGAAGUCAAGACAAAGCAAAAGAAGGCCAAGAUACAUCCCACUGACGCACCACAAUCAAUAUCAUCUCCAUCACCUAUAAACUCAUCUAAUAAUGGUACUACUGCUACAACAAAACAAGAACCGAUGACUGCAGAAGAAGUAGCAGCCGAAGAAGAACGUAAACGUAAAAAAGCCGAGAAGAAGCAACGACAACGUGAAAAGAAGGCUGCUGAGAAACUGCAAAAGCAAACAUCACAGCCAAAUGGUGGUGGUAGUAAAGUAUGGCCACGUAGUACGGCUACAAGCAAUGGUGGUGGUGCUAUUGGUAAUGGUCCAGCUAGACCAUCAACAAUACAGCCGAGUCGUCUUGCUUCAUACGAAAUGGGGAAUCAGAGCAAGAAGACAGGCUUAGAUUUGUCAGGUCAGCGAGGACCUGCUAGUUCUGGACGGCCUCGAAGGUGA